GUAUCCCGUCCUGCUGCGGGGGGGGCCUCUUUGCUGUCCCCGGGAUAUUACGGUAGUGUCGAUAACGCAGCACCCGGUGACAGGCCGCACACACUCCAGCACAGGCUGCAGCGGGCGCUCCUCUUCCGGUUCCCCUGCGGAGGGGGCGGUGUCUGGUUGUACUGUUCCGUGCUGAUCCGCUCAGCGGUGAGCCCUGAUGGUCAGGCUGCUGCUGCGGGGACAGGGAGGCGGGAGAGGAACACCGGAGCCUCCGGGAGCUCACGUCUGGCCGCACCCCUAACAGCGCAUCACACGCAGCGGCAGCUCACCACAGCCUUACAGCCCUGCCCCGGGCUGCCCGCAUCACUGACCCCGCUGUGAGCGACUCCCGGCGGCCGCGGACAUGGACGCCGCUGCGCUGGAGCUGGACGCGCUGAAGUUCGCAAAGCUGGCUGUGGUCAACGACCAGAUAGGGAAGUAUAAGGAAGCGGUGUUCUACUACAAGGAAGCAGCGCAAGCCCUAAUUUACGCUGAAAUGGCAGGAUCCUCUCUGGAGAAUAUUCAGGAUAAGAUAAAUGAGUACCAAGAUAGAGUACAAGCUCUUUACACUACAGUUCAGGCACAGAACAUCGAUCCAUUAAAAUCGAAGCAGUACUUGGACCUGGAGAGGGCACGCUUUCUUGUCACUCAGGCAUUUCAAGAGGAUGACAAAGGGAAUGCAGAAGAGGCUAUCGAGCUGUACUCUGAGGCAGUUGAGCUUUGUCUGUCAACAUCUAAUGAAACUACAGAUCAAAACCUUCAAACAAAACUGACACAGUUGGCCCGGCAAGCGUUGGACAGAGCAGAAUCGUUGAAAGAAUCUAUGUCUAAAGCUUCUGCAAAAGACAAGCCAUCGGCCCCCAAGCAAAACCAGCCAGCAAAACCCUUUCUACCUCUGGGUCCAGACUUUAGCCUAAAUGAUAAACCAGUUUCCAAACCCACACAGAGCAGCGAGCCACCUCGGCAGAGAUACACAGCGGAGGAGAUCGAAGUGCUUAGGAAGACCUCAAAGAUUAAUGGAGUUGAGUAUGUGCCUUUCAUGAGAGUUGACCUGCGGGAACGAUUUGCCUUUCCCUUGCCAUUCUCAGACAAGCUUGGCAAGUUGGCACUAUCACCAAAGCAGAAAGCCAUGUUUUCCAGGUGGGUGAGGCCAGAUGAAAUUACUAACAACCCCACAAUGAUCUACACUGUGUCAAGUUUCAGUAUUAAGCAGACAAUAGUGUCAGAUUGCUCCUUCGUGGCCUCCCUCGCCAUUAGCGCUGCUUAUGAGAGACGAUAUAACAAGAAGCUCAUUACAAGCGUCAUCUACCCACAGAAUAAAAGAGGAGAACCAGAAUAUAACCCCUGUGGGAAGUACAUGGUGAAACUACAUAUUAAUGGUGUACCCAGAAAGGUUAUUAUUGAUGAUUUUCUGCCUGUGGAUCACAAUGGAGAGUUGCUGUGUUCAUAUUCUAACAACAAGAAUGAGCUGUGGGUGUCUCUGAUUGAAAAGGCCUACAUGAAAGUGAUGGGAGGGUAUGACUUCCCGGGAUCUAAUUCGAACAUUGAUCUACAUGCACUGACUGGAUGGAUACCGGAGAGGAUUGCUAUGCACUCUGACAAUCAAGCCUUUGACAAAGAGAGCUCGUUUAGAAUGCUGUAUCACAGAUUUCACAAAGGUGAUGUACUUAUAACCACGGCUACAGGCAUGAUGUCUGAAGAGGAAGGAGAGAAAUGGGGCUUGGUACCUACACAUGCAUACGCUGUAUUGGACAUAAGGGAAUACAAGGCAUUGCGGUUUCUCCAGUUGAAGAAUCCUUGGAGUCAUUUACGAUGGAAAGGUCGUUUUUGUGAGAAAGACGAGAGGAGCUGGACUCCAGAACUGCAGAAAUACUUGAACUUUGACCCACGAACAGCCCAAAAAAUUGACAAUGGUAUUUUCUGGAUUACAUGGGAAGACUUGUGUCAAUAUUAUGAUGUCAUCUACCUGAGCUGGAACCCAAGCCUUUUUAAAGAAUCAACAUGCAUUCACAGUACAUGGGAUGCAAAGCAGGGUCCGGUGAAAGAUGCCUAUAGCCUAGCUAACAAUCCUCAGUACAGGCUUGAUGUCCAGUGUCCAAAAGGUGGUGCUGCAGUGUGGAUUUUGCUAAGCAGACACAUCACAGAUAAGGAUGACUUUGCACAAAAUCGAGAAUUUAUAACGUUGGUUGUUUAUAAGAAUGAUGGCAAAAAGGUUUAUUACCCAGCUGACCCUGCUCCUUAUAUUGACGGAAUUCGGAUCAAUAGCCCCCACUACCUGACAAAGAUUUCUCUGACCUCACCUGGAACCCACACCUUUACAUUAGUGGUGUCACAGUAUGAGAAGCAAAACACCAUCCACUACACGCUCAGGGUGUAUGCGGCUGCCAAGUUUACAUUUUCCAAGAUCCCUACACCAUACACGAUAAACAAACGGAUUAAUGGGCAGUGGAAAGGCCAGAGUGCUGGAGGCUGUGGCAACUUCAGAGAUACCCACAAAAAUAACCCCAUCUACCAGUUUCAAAUGGAGAAAGCUGGACCAUUACUGGUUGAGCUACGAGGACCAAGGCAAUACAGUGUGGGGUUUGAGGUUAUUACAGUGUCCACAAACGGAGAUCCUGGGCCAUCGAGCUUCCAGAAGAAAAGCAGUGGAGAUUACAGGUGUGGGUUCUGCUAUAUGGAAGUAGACAACAUACCCGCAGGAAUAUAUAACAUUAUCCCCACUACAUUUUUGGCCGCUCAGGAGGGCCCCUUCUUUUUGGACUUCAAUAGCGUAAUACAGAUCAAGGUAUCACAGCUGCAGUGACGAGGAAAUGGAACGGAACACUUCUCAGGACAUCUCUGCUGUAUAAUUCCGGCUUCUAGGAGGGAGAUCCUGUCAGACACGGAGUUUACAUGGUGCAUGCAGGGAGAGAAAAUAAGGAUACGUCUUGCAAUACUAUUCUAGAUUAUCAUACAUUGCUUACAAACCCUACUCCAUGAAGAAAGAGACUUCUUUUAGAGACGGAAAAGGGUACUUCUGAUAAACUGCAUUUUAAUGUGUACUUGAAUAUUUUAUUGGAGAAUUUCAAACAGUAGUGUGAUAAAUAAAUAUUUUUUUCACCACAAA